GAUAUUCUUAUUCUUGCAGCAAAUGAAAAGCCGUGUAGCGGUCUUCGCAGUCAGUCUAGAGUACGUGCUGCAUGCGUAGCUAGACGUAUAACACAGGGAAGCGAGGACUUAAACCCAGCAUUGGCGAGGACUACUCCCACUUUGGAAUAUUACUUUCACUUGGCACUUAUCGGCGUGGUUUAUUUAUACGCAUUUUCUCAUCGAACUGAGUUUUCCAUUUGUCUUUGUCACUGACACGGCAGUCACCAUGCCGCUGAAUUCAAGUUUGGCGAGUAAAAACUACGAUUACGACUACGACUCCAUCCAGCCUUACUUCUACUUUGACAACGAAGAUGAGGAUUUUUACCAUCAGCAACGUAGCCAGCUCCAACCACCGGCUCCUAGCGAGGACAUCUGGAAGAAAUUUGAGCUGCUGCCCACGCCUCCACUGUCCCCGAGUCGGCGACCCUCUCUCUCCAGCCUAUUCCCUUCAACGGCAGAUCAACUAGAGAUGGUCACCGAGUUUCUUGGGGACGACGUGGUCAACCAGAGUUUCAUUUGCGACGCGGACUACUCCCAGUCCUUUCUCAAGUCUAUCAUUAUCCAGGACUGCAUGUGGAGCGGCUUCUCUGCUGCAGCUAAGCUGGAGAAAGUGGUGUCAGAGAGACUUGCAUCACUUCAGGCUGCUAGAAAAGAGUCCUCAAUUACUGACACAACCGGCAGCAGCACGUGUCGGGUGAAUGCCAGCUACUUGCAAGACCUUAAUACCUCAGCGUCGGAAUGCAUAGACCCGUCAGUUGUCUUUCCGUAUCCACUGACCGAAACCUCCAAACCCAGCACGAUAAUAUCCCCCCCGACUUUGGCUUUGGACACACCACCAAACAGCGGUAGCAGCAGCAGCAGCGGUAGUGAUUCAGAGGAUGACGAUGAGGAGGACGAUGACGACGACGACGAUGAUGAUGAUGAGGAGCAGGAGGAAGAAGAUGAAGAAAUUGAUGUGGUCACGGUGGAGAAGAGGCAGGCUGUGAGAAGGUCCGAGUCGAACGCGCUGGGAGUCCCUGGCAGACCUCACCACGGCCCCCUGGUUUUGAAGCGGUGCCACGUGCCCAUCCACCAACACAACUAUGCCGCCCACCCGUCCACGCGGAACGAACAGCCCGCCGUCAAGAGGCUAAAGCUGGAGAGCAGCGGCAGGGUCCUCAAGCAGAUCAGCAACAACCGAAAAUGCACGAGCCCCAGGACGUCGGACUCUGAGGAUAACGAUAAAAGGCGGACUCACAACGUGCUGGAGCGUCAGAGGAGGAACGAGCUCAAGCUCAGCUUCUUUGCUUUGCGGGACGAAAUUCCCGAGGUCGCGAACAAUGAGAAAGCGCCUAAAGUCGUCAUACUCAAGAAGGCCACGGAGUGCAUCUUCAGCAUGCAGACCGACGAACAGAGACUUGUUUCACUAAAGGAACAGUUGAGGAGAAAGGGGGAACAUUUGAAACGAAGGCUCGAACAGCUGAGGAACUCUCAUGUAUAAGUUUACAUGGUGAAAGGACUCGUAUUUUUAAGCCUCUAGACAUUUCUUUUGCAAAAUUAAGACUUGCUGUGUAUAGUUGUGAUGUUGCAUGCAAAUGCAAAAGUUUUUGAAUAAGAUGUCAACUACACAACCUUUGGAAUCUGACUGAUUUCAGUGGUUAACUGCCUCAGUUAAACUUAAGGAAAGGUGGUGAAUUAGAUUUAUUUGUAUUUAAGUCAUUUAUUUUUAUUAAUAAAAUAUAAAAAAGCAGGGCUACACAUUUGGCAGCCUUAACUUAAAUAUUAAUUUGUUUUGUUUUUUUACGUUUUUGUAAAUAAGGAUUUCAUAUUUGCUAAGAAAUGUAUUUUUGAAUGUCCAGACAAGACUUGGUUUCAUCAGAUAGUGUAUGGUUUGCCAUAAAUGUUCUUUUGAUUCUAAAACAUAAAUGCAUUUCUUUAAGAACUUU